GCUAUCUUGUAGACACAUUUUUGUCUUGCUUGGCAAGCUAACCAGACCUUUUCCCUCAAUGCUCAACACCACAUUGCAAUCAGAUAUAGCUAGCUGACGUUACAUGUGGUUCUCUAAUUUCAAACUAUCUUAGCUAUGUUGAUGGUUUGCUAAGCAAGUUUAUAUUUUGGGCACAUUUGGAAUACAAUGCCAUCUUCGAUGGAAGGAUCUUCUAGAGAAGGUGACCUGUUUACUGUGAAACAUGAGCUGAAAAAUGCCAACCUGACUGGCCACGUCGAGAGGGUGGGCAUCGAGAACUUUGAGCUGCUAAAGGUGCUGGGAACUGGAGCCUAUGGCAAAGUUUUCCUGGUGCGCAAAGUGAGCGGUCACAAUGCAGGGCAACUGUACGCCAUGAAGGUGUUGAAGAAGGCCACAAUAAUACAGAAGGCCAAGACAGCAGAGCACACACGCACAGAGAGACAGGUCCUGGAACACAUCAGACAGUCACCGUUCCUCGUCACCCUCCACUACGCCUUCCAGACGGACACCAAGCUGCACCUCAUACUAGAUUAUGUGAACGGUGGGGAGCUCUUCACACACCUGGUGCAGAGGGUACGGUUCAAGGAGCAGGAGGUAGCCUUGUACAGUGGAGAGAUAGUGCUGGCACUGGAGCAUCUACACCAGCUGGGGAUAGUCUACAGAGACCUGAAGCUGGAGAACAUCCUCAUGGACUCCAGCGGGCACAUAGUGCUCACAGACUUUGGCCUGAGCAAAGAGUUUGACGAGUUGGAGAGGGCUUACUCUGUCUGUGGCACCAUUGAGUACAUGGCCCCAGAGAUCGCAGAGGGAGGAGAGGCUGGACAUGACAUGGCAGUAGACUGGUGGAGCCUUGGGGUAUUGAUGUAUGAACUUAUGACAGGCGGAUCACCAUUCACCGUCGAUGGAGACGAGAACUCUCACACAGAUAUCGCCAAGAGGAUCUCAAAGAAGGACCCUCCGUUCCCUAAAGACAUGGGCCCUCUGGCCAAAGACCUCAUCCAGGGCCUCCUCAUCAAAGACCCAAAGAAGAGACUGGGCUCUGGGCCUGACGGAGCAGAAAACGUUAAGAAACAUCCAUUCUACCAGAAGAUUAACUGGGAGGACUUAGCAGCUAAGAGGGUGCCCGCCCCGUUCAAGCCGGUGAUCAGGGAUGAGCUAGAUGUCAGCAACUUUGCGGAGGAGUUCACUGAAAUGGACCCCACCUAUUCCCCUGCAGCUCUGCCUCAGAACUGUGACCGCAUCUUUCAGGGCUACUCGUUCAUGGCCCCCUCCAUCCUGUUCAAGUGGAACGCUGUAAUGGACGACACACUACAGCUGUGUGGAGGAUCAGGGUCACAGAGGCCGGGGUCUGCUGCCGUGGCCCGGAGCGCCAUGAUGAAGGACUCUCCGUUCUAUAUGAACUAUGAGAUGAACCUGAAGGACAAUGCUCUGGGCGAGGGCAGCUUCUCCAUCUGUAGGCAGUGCACCCACAAGAAGACUGGCCAGAAGUACGCUGUGAAAAUCGUCAGCAAGAGGAUGGAGGCCCAGACACAGAAAGAGAUUGCAGCUCUGAAACUCUGCGACGGCCACCCCAACAUCGUCAAGACUCAUGAGGUAUACCAUGACCAGCUGCAUACGUACCUGGUGUUGGAGCUGCUGCUUGGUGGAGAGCUGCUGGAGAGGAUCCGGAGGAAGCGGCACUUCAGUGAGACGGAGGCCAGCCGCAUCAUGAGGAGACUGGUGUCAGCCGUCAGCCACAUGCACGAUGUGGGAGUGGUGCACAGGGACCUCAAGCCAGAGAACUUGCUGUUCACAGAUGAGAGCGAGAACUCGGAGAUAAAGAUCAUAGACUUUGGGUUCGCCCGGCUGAAGCCCCCCGACAACCAGCUGCUGAAGACGCCGUGUUUCACCCUGGCCUACGCCGCGCCGGAGAUCCUCAAAUACGACGGCUACGACGAGUCAUGUGACCUCUGGAGCCUGGGCGUCAUCCUGUACACCAUGCUGUCGGGCCAGGUGCCGUUCCAGUGUCAGGGGAAGAGUUUGACCCACACCAGUGCUGAAGAGAUCAUGAAGAAGAUUAAACAGGGAGACUUCUCCUUCGAGGGCGAGGCCUGGAGGAGUGUCUCGCAGCAGGCCAAGGACCUUAUACAAGAGCUGCUGACAGUGGACCCUGACAAGCGGAUCAAGAUGUGUGGUCUGAGGUACAACGCCUGGCUCCAAGACGACAGCCAGCUCUCCUCCAACCCUCUGAUGACACCAGACAUCCUGGGCUCCUCCACCACCGUGUCCGUACACACCUACGUCAAGGCUACCUUCAACGCGUUCAACAAGUGUAAGCGGGAGGGUUUCCGUCUGCAGACGGUGGACAAGGCCCCGCUGGCCAAGAGGAGGAAGAUGAAGAAGACCAGCACCAGCACAGAGACCAGGAGCAGCUCCGGUGAGAGUACCCACUCCUCUUCCUCCUCCUCCCAGUCCCACCAGGACACCCACUCCUCUUCCUUCUCCUCCCAGACCCACCAGGACACCCACUCCUCUUCCUCCUCCUCCCAGACCCACCAGGACACCCACUCCUCUUCCUCCCAGACCCAGCAGGUGAAGCCGGGUGGAGACCCCAACCCUCCACCCCAGCCCUCCAACACCACCACUGUCACGACACCCCUCGCCCUGGGCUCAGACAGCGCCCCUGCCCCGGAACGCCCGCUCCCUCCAGCCUUCCACUUCUCACAAUGAGAGAGAGAGAGACAGACGGUGUAUUAGAGGUGAAUCACCCUGAGCAAGGCUGAUUCGCUAAUCUUCAUUUGUAGGUCAGUCUUUCUGUGCGGUCACAUGCAGUCGAUCUCGAAACAUGCACUGAGCGAGCGAGGGGAAAGAAGGACUGCGCCGUCAGAAAGACAGCUGGACAGGCGGCAGGGAGAGCCCUCUAUCGUUCUCUUGCUCUCCUUCCAUGGCAGCUCGCAGUCAGUCACACGCAUGGACAGCAAGGCGCACGCACGCCUCAACUGAGCACGCAGCGGGAGCAGGAGCCACCUCUCAGUCAUCGCUAGCAAUAGACACACGCCACAUGAAAAGGGCUGGCCUAUGGAUUCAGGGCUAGACAGCGGAGAGAAUCCUCUUCAACCACAGCUCUGUUUCAGUCAUGUCUUGUUUGUUGCUUAGUUUGUCAGGAAAGUAGGUGGUCGUCCUGGUCCUGUUUCUUUACUUUAAAGAUGGAGCGUUAAGCUACAAGUACUGCAGCUUAUCACAUUGGGAUGAACCUCUAGGUUUUUAAAGCGGAGCACAUAUUUUGCAGCAUUUUAUGUACGACAAUAAUGCAGACCCGAAAUUGUUUCUUGUUUUCGUUAACUUAUUAUUGGUUCACAACUUGAGAUCUAGACCCCCUUGAGCUAUAGACGCAGUUUCACCUCAUUGCAAAACGUUUCAAUGGCAGGUUGAUGUUAUGUUUCAGGCCUAGUCAGUGUUUUGUUGUGGACUACAAAUAGUAGGGUAGGAUCCUCAAAUACAUAAACUUGUCUUGAAGGUGGCAGGGGAGUUACAAGUACUGUGCCAAAAACCUCUGCCGUUUCUACAUUAGAUGCUGUCACUUGCCCUUGUGUGUCAGACUAGAACUGUGUGUGUGUGUGUGUGUGUGUGUUCUCUGUCUGUCUCUCUGUCUCUGUCAAAAGUUUUAGAACACCUACUCAUUCAAGUGUUUUUCUUUAUUUUGACAAUUUUCUACAUUGUAGAAUAAUAGUGAAGACAUCAAAACUAUGAAAUAACACCAAUGGAAUCAUGUAGUAACCAAAAAAAGUUUUCCAAAAAUCCAAAUAUAUUUGAGAUUCUUCAAAUAGCCACCCUUUGCCUUGAUGACAUCUUUGCACACUCUUGGCAUUCUGUUAACCAGCUUCAUGACAUUGUCACCUGGAAUGCAUUUCAAUUAACAGGUGUACCUUAAGUUAAUUUGUGGAAUUUCUUUCCUUAAUGGGUUUGAGCCAAUCAGUUGUGUUGUGACAAGGUAGUUGUGGUAUACAGAAGAUAGCCCUGUUUAGUAAAAUACCAAGUCCAUAUAUGACAAGAACAGCUCAAAUAACACUAUACUUUAAGACAUGAAGGUCAGUCAAUCUGGAAAACUUCAAGAACUUUGAAAGUUUCUUCAAGUGCAGUCGCAAAAACCAUCAAGCGCUAUGAUGAAACUGGCUCUCAUGAGGACCACCACAGGAAAGGAAGACCCAGAGUUACCUCUGCUGCAGAGGAUAAGUUCAUUACAGUUACCAGCCUCAGAAAUUGCAGCCCAAAUAAAUUCUUCACAGAGUUCAAGUAACAGACACAUCUCAACGUCAACUGUUCAGAGGAGACUGCGUGAAUCAGGCUUUCAUGGUUGAAUUGCUGCAAAGAAACCACGACUAAAGGACACCAAUAAUAAGAAGAGACUUGCUUGGGCCAAGAAACACGAGCAAUGGACAUUAGAUCGGUAGAAAUCUGUCCUUUGGUCAGAUUAGUCCAAAUUUGAUAUUUUUUGUUCCAACCGCCGUGUCUUUGUGAGAUGCAGAGUAGGUGAACGGAUGAUCUCUGCAUGUGUGGUUCCCACUGUGAAGCACGGAGAAGGAGGUGUGGGGGUGCUUUGCUGGUGACACUGUGAUUUAUUUAGAAUUCAAGGCACACUUAACCAGCAUUGUUACCACAGCAUUCUGCAGCGAUACGCCAUCCCAUCUGGUUUGCGCUUAAUGGGACUAUUUGUGUUUCAACAUGACAAUGACCUCACACACCUCCAGGCUGUGUAAGGGCUAUUUGACCAAGAAGGAGAAUGAUGUAGUGCUGCAUCAGAUGACCUGGCAUCCACAAUCCCCUGACCUCAACCCAGUUGAGAUGGUUUGGGAUGAGGUGGACCGCAGAGUGAAGGAAAAGCAGGCAACAAGUGCUCAGCAUAUGUGGGAACUCCUUCAAGACUGUUGGAAAAGCAUUCCAGGUGAAGCUGGUUGAGAGAAUGCCAGGAGUGUGCGAAGGGUGGCUAUUUGAAGAAUCUCAAAUAUAAAAUAUAUUUUGAUUUAAGAUGUAUUUUUGGUUACAAUAUGAUUUCAUGUGUUAUUUCAUAGUGUCAAUGUAGACAAUAGUACAAAUAAAGAAAAACCCUUGAAUGAGUAGGUGUGUCCAAGCUUGACUGGCACUGCGUCUGGCUCUGCUUCAGACUACUACAAACAGUUCACUGGUUCCUAUUUUUAUAGGAACAUAAAAUGAAUCUCCUUUCAUCAUGUCUUUCUCUGUUUUAUAGCGUUGCAGGACUGAGAUUAUGGUUGGUUCGCGUUCUUGGGACUCGCACUGUGGUUUGAACUCUUGUGAUGCACAUCUUGACAUGCUGCUUUGCAAAGAGCGCCUCUACUCGGCUUUCUUUAUCUACUUCCUUUUGAAAGCAUUGACUAUUUAGAAACGGCAUUCUGUGGAAACACACUUUUAGGUAGCUACCUGUAAAGAUCUGUGUGUGAUGUUUCCUUUCUAUGCAAGUACUCAGACAUGUUUGCCCAUCCGAAUCGUAUUGGUGAGGAUACUUCAUGCCUGAAUAUCUGUGUGACACUGUCUGACUGUCAGAGGCUAGAACUUGUUUAUUUCUAGACAACAGGGCACAGGGACUUUUCAGCUGGCUUUUCGGUUGAGGGCUUCAUUUGAACUUAGUUCAUGCUGAAACCAUUCAUAUAUUAUUGCUCUCCUUAUUUCAUGCAGUCAACUCCAAAAAAGGUCUGGACCUAUAGCUUGAUAUGCCAACAGGGAACACUGUUUACGCAGACACACACACACACACACACACACACACACACACACACACACACGCACUUCUCAGUUUCAUGGACUAAAAGGCUGAACCCUAGAAGCUAAAUAGUACAAAAAGCUCUUCUCUUCUCCUGACUUCAGUCUGCAUGAGUUCCCUCCCUGCUUCUUUUCUGCCCCAUUAAACCUAAAGUUGUUUGGGUCUAUUAAUAGACUAGAGAGCACAGCCACAGAAGAGAGGAAGCAGGGGAUGGGAGGACCGGAAGAGAGGGUGGGUGUUAAGGAGAACGGGAGGGAGGAGAGGAAGGAGUGUGUCCUAUAUUGAACUCUCCUUUGGGAGCUGGGAGUCUAAUCUGCUGUAGUGCUGGUCUGUUUCUUCCAGAAAGGGACAUGCUCAACUCUCUCUCUCGUACGGUUUCGUGUCAUUUUAGGUCAGACUCGCUCCAAGCUGACUUGUCUUUUUUAUUAACAUCUUCACACUUAUUUGUGUGCCGCCCAAACAUUUUUGUUCCCAAUUUAAUUUGUAACGUGCAUCCUCACUCCUAGCUAUGCUAUUUUGAAACGAGCUUGACCCCCACUUGUCUGGUUCCUGUUGCCAGGUGAGUCCUGUGCCUGCUCAGCUAUGAGGGCUGAGGCACUGCCCAUUCAUGGGCUUGGUUCUCUCCCACCACUACAUUCAAUACUAUUGGUGGUACAGACGACACAUCCCACAUUGUCUUGGGCAUGGUUCUCUGGAGCUUGUCUUCCUGAAUAGUACUGUAGCGGUGGGUCCUUUCAAUAGGCUAUAUCCUAAAUAUCCAACCUUCUAACAUGCAAAUCAGCUUUAAUUUUUAUCGACCUUUGCACUUUUGAUCGUUUUUUUUUUUUUUUUUUCCGUGUUUUUUUGUUGGAGAAAUUCAAUUUAUGGUUUGUUCACGGUAGGUAAUUGUCCUCCAUUUGGAACGGAACAUCAGUCGACGUAAUUAAAAGACACUACUGCUUACCCCUUUAGUUACUGCAAGGGCAUACGUAGCCUAGCCAUCACUGUGAAAACAAUACCUGUGUGUUUGGUCCAUUUGACAUGCAGUAUAUGGUUUGGUCACUUAAUACCCCAUCAUUCAGGUGUGCAGGCCAGCCAAACCAUGGAUGUUCUUCGAUACGGUAUUAUGUUAUGAACUGAAGCACAUAGCGGGGUUCUGGGUCUUUUUCAAUAUUGUCUAUCCAUGUAAAAUGAUGGUGUGUGUGUAUAUGCGCUUUUCGCUGUGAAUCAGGUCCUAUAAUUUUAGUCCCGUUAAAAUAGAUGAAUCUUACAUGCAUCCUAAAUUAGAAAAUAAUUUGUUCUACUGAGAUGUUUAUGUGAUUUGGUUUGAUCACGAGUUUCAUAAGAGAAUAGAUUUCCAGUGGCUGUUCUAAUUCUGAAGUUUACGAGGGACAUUUUCUUACUUCAAGAACGAGGAAUCAUGAAGACGACACCUGUGCAUUGAUUUGAAUAGCUUUAGCAUCAUAGAACAUGUUUAUUUAAAUUUGUGUUGUCUAUCAAAUUAAAAUGGAAUUCAUUUUUGUAUUUUUAUUUGAAAGUAAAAAUAGUAAAUAAAGUUAAGCAAAGGUCAUAAAACUACGGAGUGCCAUGUCCAACGGCAGCCACAAGAGGGCAGCGUUGACCAGCUGCUGGCUCUAAUGAACUGGUACUGAGGGACCGUCCUAAUUCUCUUCUCUGUAGCUCAUUAUCCACUAACUGUGCAACAUUACCGACUAUAUAUUUUAUAUUUAUCCAUAGAAAAAGGCUUUAAGAAAAUAUUUGGAAGAAGUUAUUUCAUAGCUAUUAUAUCAAAUAUGUUAAUUUUGUUUUGUUAUCUAGCUGGGCUAGAAAUUGUAUUCGCGUUAAGAGUCAUAGAAGUUAGGGAGAUACGUGUACAUUUAAGAAAUAACUAAAAUAAUAAUCGUAUUUUUCUUUGUGUCCUAAUGCUGUAAAUACUGUAAUUAUGCUAUGCCAUAAGAUUCUAAACGGUAUGACUUUUAAAAAAUAUCAUUCAAAUGCAUGUAUCCAAUGCAGUGGGUUGUCUUGAAAUGGGAACUUUUACAGAGGGAGAAUGACAUUGAAUAGUAAUGAGAGAAUUUUUUUUUUUAAGCUGUGUUUCAAACGAUGAAUUUUGAUGUGAUUUCUACUGUGUUUUGUUUGUCAGGAAAAUAAGGUUAACGUUUGUGUGUGUGGCCCUUGUAUUACAUUGUUUUGGGUGAGAACGAGUUGAAUCAACUCGCAUAUUGUCAUUGGAAGGGAGUGUGUGUUUUGUUUUGUAAACCAAUCCUGUUGGUAUUGCUUGUUUGUGGUUUGUUUAAUAUAUCUGUUUAAAUAAAUAAUGUUUAUUAAAAAAAAAGUGAAGGGCAUUAAGGUUUUUGAUUAUUUUAUAUAGAAAAUAAUGUAAUACUGUAAAAUAUCUAAGUUCAAGUCUUGUGGUACGAAUGUUUUGGUAAUAGACAGCUAUAUCUGGCUGUACCAUGAAUUAACUAAUUUGGCAGAGAUUUAAAAUUAAAAGGAAUUGAUGUCUAUGAUUAUUUAAUUACUUCAUAGCGACUUGGUUUAGUAGAGAUUGUUUCACAUUCUCAGUACCUCAAAGCUAAGCAUGGAGGAGUCCAUAUUUUAUAAACUGUAUUUUCCUACCAAUAGUUACUGUUCAGUAUCUGGACAGCAGAGGGGGCUCAGUGUCUGUGGCUCUGUCAGUGGUAUUCCCAGCCAGUGUUAUGUGAGUUGUCAUGGCUGUGUCAGUCGUGCUAUUCCCAGGGAGAAUGUAUGGCAGCAUCAUUCUACUACCAAGUAAAUGAAAUGCAGUCAACCAUCGGAGGGUUGCUUCAGUUGUGUCUGACUGAAAUGUUGACGUGAUAUUCAAGGAAAGAAGCACUGCUUGAAAUAUAUAACUUUUAUGUGUUAACUUUUAAGCCCAAAUGUCUUAUUCAGUCUGGAUCUGAAUUCUGGGCUCUAUUCUUGGACUCUUGGACAGUACAGCACUUAGUUGUCAGCUCUUGUUCAAUAAAGGUAAACCUAAUUUAAUGAAGUC